UGUUCUUGCUGUUUAUUUGUGUCUGUGUGUGCUAGUGUCUCUGCAAAGGCGAGAAAUUAAAUGUGUUCAUGUUGGGAGGAGAGUGCACAGGAGACCAGUUGGCUAGCAUGUUAGCAAACAAACAAGCACAAACAAUCCGCAGUCCAUGACAUUUUCAUUGAAGUGCUUUCCUGGUAGUAAUAAUCACAGGGAUGACAUUUAGAAACGAGCUGGGUAAGUCUAGAGCAGGCAGUCACCCCAUAAGGUUUUGGCAGAGCCAGUUCGUAUGCUAACGAAUGCACGAGAUUGUGGGUGGAGGAAGGGACGACGACGCUGAAUUGCGACAGUUCGCGAGACGUAACGACAGGUGGACAACGUCUUCCCACGGUAACACCAGCAACAUUUUCAUUUAUCUCUCCCCUAGUUCUCUCAGGCACACUGACAUUAAAAAUAUUAAACAAUCACCUUGUGCCUCUGAAACCUGCUUUAUAACAACUAAGGAUAGUUUUAUUCUUAGCUUAAACCAAACCAGCAAUAGUAAAAGAUCCUAACGUUUCCUCAGAUUAGCCAAAAGCAGAUUCCAAAAACACAUCAACACUACAGCCUACAAUCCAGUGAGAAAAAAGGUACAUUUAUCACAAAACUUGUUAACAAAAAUAUAUAGUAUUUAAUAUCAAACUGCUGGCUGAGUCCUACAGGUGCCUGAUUACACUAACCUAAACCAUUUUAGCUAUUGAUCAAUAAAAACCAUUACAAAGCAUCUAUACAUUCCAUAAAAGCUAGCCCUAAUAAAUUAAACACCUGUUUACCCACCAUGGCCUCCAUCACCCAAUCAUCUGACCCUGAGAUCCCAGACAAUCACAAAGAGAGCUGGCUGGCACUACUUGCCGCGGCAGAGGGAUAUUGUCUGAAGUCAGGCUGCGACCUGGCUAUUCUUACAGCCUGUAAGAAGUUCUGGCCAUCUGUAGUGGAGGGAGAUGAGAGGAAAAAGGAGAGUGGCUUGCCUGCCGGAGGCCGGAAGUGGGAUUUCUCCUAUCACGUGUGGGGUCAGGGGGCUUUGGCUGAGUCUUCGCGGCGCUACAUGGACGACAUUGCGGUGCUGCACUCCACAUCUAUGGUAACGGCACAUAGAUAUACACGUCUGAGUGCAGGAGACGGAAGAGCUAAACUGGUAGUGGACAUACCCUCUGACAGGGCGGGCCUAACAGGUGAGGGUGGUGUGGGAACCAUCAGCCCCAGUACCACACUCUAUUCGCAAAGCUACCCAUCAAUCUACCACUCAGGGGCUGUCAUUGGCCAAGCUGCUGGGCAGCAUGAGAAUGGAGAGAGGGAGCAAGAGAUGGCUGUGAUGAUAGAGGAGGCUGGACGAGGGAGAGACAUUCCCGGAAAUGGGGACUUAGAGGAAGAGUGUGAGGAAGAGGAGGACAUGGACGAAAGGAGCCGUAAUCUGAAUGAGACUGCAGGAGUGUUUUCCAUGGAUGAGGACUCGCUGUCUCGUGACUGUGAACCAUUCUUUGAGUCUGAUGGAGAGGAGGAGAGCACUGAUGGCUCGUUAAGUGAGGACUGUCCUCCUCCCCCGCGCAGCAUGGCCAUGGGGCAGUCAUUCUCAUCCCGUCACCCCAACCCCAUGAACAUGGCCCGCUCUCUUCCCGUGUCUGUUCCUGUGUGGGGCUUCAAGGGCAACAGACCCCACCAGGGAGAAGGCCACAGUGGGGAACGGGCUGGUGUAGCUGACCUGGAUCAUAUUGCUGCCAGCAUGAAGGCCCUGUUGGCCCCAGGAGCCAACGACGGAACAGAAAUGUUUGGAGGACUACCUCGCCCUCGCCUCAACACGGGAGACUUCUCCCUCAAACACUGAGCCAAAGAAAGUGAGGGGAUGAAGGAGUGAGAGAGAGAGUGUGUGGAUGAAAGAGAGCUAAUUGAUUGGCUGGCAGGUGGAAAAGUACCCCAGUGUAUUAGCUAAUCACUAACCCCAAAUUUGGUAGUAACAACGGUGAACCCAGAGAGGAUUAACUGACAUAACAUAUGCUCGUAUACACACUAAGAUCAUUUUCAACACAUUACAUUACACCCAUACACACUUAAACACUACAAGACAACUCGCUACACACAACUUCACUUCAAAUGUGCUCAUAGUCAUGGACACUAACAUAUUGAAAUGUUUCUAACUGACACAGGUGUUGAAUCUGUUGUGGGACUUUGCCAAGUAGAUUCGUGGAGGAUGGGUCAACCUUCUAGAAAUGGUUGGCUCUAGGGGGCUUUUUAACAUGAAGCCUGUAGCUUUUCAAAUUGUGAGUGAAGGGCACCAUGUCUCCAUGAAACAUGGCUUUUUGUACUUCUACCUUGCCAAUGAAUGACUGACUGGUAGAAUGAUUGUACACGUACUAUCUCUGAUAUUGACACUAUUAUAAUAAUAAUGUCCUCCAAAUGUGUUGACUGUGAGAGCGAGAGAAAGCGGAGGAGGCAAACAGAGAUGUAUCUAUCAUCUCCCAACUUUUCAAAAGCAGAUAAAUGUUUUAAUUUGAGUACCUGUAUGGUUUAAAUUAAGGAACAACAUCCGUGAAUCAGGCUGUUGGUUCUGACACUGAAUAUUAUUUGGAUGCAGUAUAAUGGCUGUCCUAGAGAGGGCAGUAUCAGAUUAAGAAAUAUCCUGAACAGAAAUAAACACAACAUGUAAAGUGUUGGUCCCAUGUUAAUGAGCUGAAAUAAAAGGUUCCAAAUGGCACAAAAA